AGGAUUCCAGCAACAAUGCCUCUGUUCAAACUUCCAGCGGAAGGAAAACAAAUCGAUGACGCGAUGCGUAGUUUUGCUGAAAAAGUGUUUGCCUCUGAAGUCAAAGAUGAGGGAGGCCGUCAUGAGAUCUCUCCCUUUGACGUGGAUGAGAUUUGUCCAAUUUCUUUUCACGAGAUGCAAGCACACAUAUUCCACAUGGAGACUCUGGCCACCUCUACAGAGGGCAGGAGGAAAAAACGUUUCCAAGGACGGAAGACCGUUAAUUUGUCAAUUCCAAUAAGUGAGACAUCUUCCACCAAACUGUCCCACAUUGACGAAUGCAUUUCUUCAUCUCCAACCUACGAGAACGUGCCCGAUUUUCAGAGAGUGCAAAUCACGGGUGACUAUGCCUCUGGGGUAACAGUUGAAGAUUUUGAAGUGGUUUGUAAGGGUCUGUAUCGGGCAUUGUGUAUACGGGAGAAAUACAUGCAGAAGUCAUUUCAGCGGUUCCCGAAAACCCCUUCCAAGUACUUGAGGAACAUUGAUGGUGAAGCUUGGGUAGCCAAUGAAAGCUUCUAUCCAGUCUUUACCCCUCCUCCGAAGAAGGGAGAAGACCCCUUCCGAGCAGAUGACCUUCCAGCAAACCUGGGCUACCACCUCAAAAUGAAAGACGGUGUGGUUUACAUCUAUCCUAACGAGGCAGCAGCCAGCAAGGAUGAACCCAAGCCAUAUCCUUACCCAAAUCUGACCGACUUCUUAGAUGAUAUGAACUUUCUGCUUGCUUUAAUUGCCCAAGGACCUGUUAAGACCUAUACCCACCGUCGCCUGAAGUUCCUCUCUUCCAAGUUCCAAGUCCAUCAGAUGCUCAAUGAGAUGGAUGAGCUUAAGGAGUUGAAAAACAACCCCCACCGAGAUUUUUAUAACUGCAGGAAGGUGGACACCCACAUCCAUGCAGCUGCCUGCAUGAACCAGAAACAUCUGCUGCGUUUUAUUAAGAAAUCUUACCACAUUGAUGCUGACAGAGUGGUCUACAGCACCCAAGAGAAGACUCUGACACUGAAGGAACUCUUUACUAAAUUAAAAAUGCACCCAUACGACCUGACUGUUGAUUCUCUGGAUGUUCACGCUGGGCGCCAGACAUUCCAGCGUUUUGAUAAAUUCAAUGACAAAUACAAUCCUGUGGGAGCCAGCGAGCUAAGGGACCUCUACCUGAAGACAGAUAACUACAUUAACGGAGAAUAUUUUGCCACUAUCAUCAAGGAGGUAGGUGCAGACCUGGUGGAGGCCAAGUACCAGCAUGCAGAGCCCCGCCUGUCCAUCUAUGGCCGCAGCCCUGAAGAGUGGAACAAACUCUCCUCCUGGUUUGUCAGCAACCGCAUCUACUGCCCCAACAUGACAUGGAUGAUCCAGGUCCCUAGGAUCUAUGAUGUGUUCCGAUCUAAGAAUUUCCUCCCACACUUUGGAAAGAUGCUGGAGAAUAUUUUCCUGCCGGUGUUUGAGGCCACCAUCAACCCCCAGGCUCACCCAGACCUCAGUGUCUUCCUCAAGCACAUUACUGGCUUCGACAGUGUGGAUGAUGAGUCCAAACACAGUGGUCACAUGUUUUCCUUCAAGAGUCCCAAACCUCAGGAGUGGACGAUGGAAAAGAAUCCAUCUUACACUUAUUAUUCUUAUUACAUGUAUGCAAACAUCAUGGUGCUCAACAGCCUGAGAAAGGAACGAGGCAUGAAUACAUUUCUGUUCCGUCCCCACUGUGGGGAAGCUGGAGCUAUCACCCACCUCAUGACAGCAUUCAUGAUAGCAGACAAUAUCUCUCAUGGCCUGAAUUUAAAAAAGAGUCCUGUGUUACAGUACUUGUUUUUCUUAGCCCAGAUUCCCAUUGCUAUGUCACCACUAAGUAACAACAGCCUAUUUCUCGAGUAUGCAAAAAAUCCUUUUUUAGAUUUCCUCCAGAAAGGGCUAAUGAUCUCACUAUCUACGGAUGACCCGAUGCAAUUCCACUUCACCAAGGAGCCCCUGAUGGAAGAAUAUGCCAUUGCUGCACAAGUCUUCAAGCUGAGUACUUGUGAUAUGUGUGAAGUAGCAAGAAACAGUGUUCUGCAGUGUGGAAUUUCUCAUGAGGAGAAAGCAAAGUUUCUGGGCAACAAUUACCUUGAGGAAGGCCCUAGUGGAAAUGAUAUCCGGAAGACAAAUGUAGCCCAAAUCCGCAUGGCCUAUCGUUAUGAAACCUGGUGUUAUGAGCUCAAUUUAAUUGCUGAGGGUCUUAAAUCAACAGAAUAA